CUAACCUUGUAAAAUACAAUCUUAUCACCGGUUAUCCCGCAAAUUUUUCUUAAUUUUCGAUGUGUUUCACGUAUUUAAUAACUAAACUCUCGAAUUAUUCGAAACUUAUAUAAAAUAAUGUAUUAUAAUUCAAUUAAUACAUAAUCGUCAUGGAUUCGUCAGACGAAGAUAUUCCAAAUCUGGUCGAUGCCUCUCUCGAUAAAAAAUCUGUUCCUGUGACCAUAAUUACCGGAUAUUUGGGUGCUGGAAAAACCACGCUGUUGAAUUACAUAUUAACCGAACAACACGAACGAAAGAUAGCUGUGAUUCUGAACGAAUUUGGCGAAGGUAGUGCUCUUGAAAAAGCAAUUUCUGUCAAUAAGAAAGGAAACUUGUACGAAGAAUGGUUGGAAUUGAGAAAUGGAUGCUUGUGCUGCUCGAUCAAAGAUAAUGGCGUAAAAGCGAUUGAAAAUUUAAUGAAGCAUCAAGGAAAAUUCGACUACAUUUUGUUAGAAACUACCGGACUAGCUGAUCCUGGUCCUAUUGCUAAAAUGUUCUGGAUUGAUAAAGAAUUAGAAUGUGAUAUACACUUAGAUGGAAUCGUUACCAUAAUCGAUGGCAGACACGGUUUGAGCCAUCUGGAAGAUAGAACAACUUCUGAUGGAGAAAGUGAGGAAACAGGAUGUACCAACGUAUUUACCAAGCAGAUAGCGUUGGCCGAUUUUCUCGUCAUUAAUAAGAUCGACAUUGCUUCUGAAGAAAAUAUUCGUAAAUUGAGCAGUCAUAUAAAACAAAUCAACAAUAUGGCAGAAAUAGCUUACACCACCAAAUGCAGCCUGAAUUUGGAUAAAAUUUUGAACUUGAACGCUUAUUCGAUGACGCCAUUGGCAGAGACUGGAUCAACGAACACGAGCAGUUCAAACGCAGCCAAAUUGUAUGAAAAUAUGUGCGUCGAUGCGAAUCACGUUAUUGAAAAGGAUAUUGGAACGGUGACCGUUGAAAUAUCGAAAUACAUACGAGCCGACGUGUUGGACGAAUUUCUGCAACGUUUGCUUUGGGAAAAAGAUAUAAAAAACGACGCCGGUCACACCAUCGAAAUCAUUCGCCUAAAGGGAAUCAUUACGUCUACCAACACCGACGAGAAAGCCUACAUGGUGCAGGCGGUUUACGAUACCUACGACCUAGAAUACGUAGAUGGGCUGAAGCCGGAGGCUGAACCAUCCUCGCCAUCUCUGUCCUCCUGUCAAACAACGCAAUUAUGUCGUCUGAUUUUUAUCGGUCGUCAUUUGGAUUUGUCCAAACUUACUGAACUUCUAACCGAAUUGGCGGAUCGUAAUCUCAGCUCAAAAUGAAUGGAAAAGAAGGAGUAAGAUCCACUGCAACUAGAAGGCUAGUGCUUACCUGUGUGUGAUGACGUUCGUCAAAAAUUGAAUCUUAGCUGAUGGAUUACUGGAUUUAAGUUCGUGUGACUUGUCUGCCAAUUGAUGGGUUGGAUUUUGAGGAGUAUGUUUUCUUCGUUCUAUACUCAAGUCAUCAUAGUAUACCUACCUGUUCAAUUAUUUUUUAAGUUGGAAAUACCAAAAUUCACUCUUGUUCUAAUAAAAUAUGAAUUUUUUUCUAAGAUAA